CCUGUUUGGCCCCCAACGGCGCUUCUCUCCCUAUAGCCCAGCUUCGUGUUUGACGGUGCCCCACCUGGAAGCGCGACCGUUCGGGCCCUCGCACAGCGACGAUUUACCACCUGCUGGAGCUCCUAAGCUCCACGCUCCAAAGCUAGCCGAUCACUUGAAUAUUUACAUUUUUCUGGAAUCUUCCGAAACGGACUCUAAAAAAACUGAGGGCACGCAACAGGUGUGGAGCUCGCGCUCACACUCUCUCGCUUCCUUGUGGGGGGCUCACUCUUUCCUUGCUCUGGACCUCCCUGCUCUAGUUCUGGAUUGAAGUUGGACUGUAAAGGGAUUUUUACUUUUUUUUUUCAUUUUUGUUUUCUUUCUUUUUUGUGCAACAAUAUUCUCUGACGACAAAAGGGAUUAUAUAAUAUACGUGAGCUCCAAAAGUACACCAUGGCGGAGUCUGAAGCUCGAUACUCCUCCUCCACCACCACCACCGUCAUCGAGAGCAAAAAUGGCGACGCCGGGGGCUCGUCCCUCCGCGUGUCCAAGCGCUCCAUGACCGACGACUUCUACAGCACCUUCAGCUCGCCCAUGGCCUGGGUCCUGGUCCUGGCCCUGGUCAUCACCUGGUCCGGCGUGGCCAUCAUCAUGUUUGACCUCCUCGACACCCAGAGCCUGAAAGCCUAUACUUUACACUGUGAAGACCCCUGUUUGCCACCGGGACCGAGCGCCCAAGCUGUCAGAAAGGCACAUAAGGCAGCCAGCAGAGGGGGCAUCCCGGACAUCACGGCCGCCGACCCGGUGAAGGUAAUGAACGAGGCGAUGGAGGAGUCCAGCGACUGGAUGAACACGUUUCUCGGCGUCGUGUCGAGCCUCUUCGCCCCGGAGGAUGAGGAUGAAGGUGCCAUGCCUCAUACUGUGAGAAAAAAAGGGGAAUUUCUCCCACCACGAAAAAAAGAGAUAGAGAGACUGAGGGAGGCUCUCAAGGAGAAAGAAAAGGAAAAAGAAGAACUGGACGAAAAAGAGAAGGCGAAAGAGGAGAAAAGGCCCAAACCUGAAGAGGAGCCAGCGCCAAAGUCUGUGAAGAAAGCCAAAGAACAACCAGAAGAGCCUGAAGCUCCAGUGAAGAAAUCGAAGGCAGAAAAAGCAGAUAAACCCAAACCUAAGGCUAAGCCUAAGGACACUGAAGCCGAACCUAAAAAACCUAAGGCCGAAAAGGUGAAAAAGCCAGCAAAGAAAGAGGAAAAGAUUGGCAAGAAAGAUGAUAAAGACAGAGAUGGCCAUCUUGAAAAGAGAAAGGGAACUAAAGAAGCCAAAAAGGAGGACAAAAAGAAAAAGACAGAUGCUAAAACUGCUAUAAAGGAGGACAAGUUGAAGAAGACUGAUGAUAAAAAGGCCAAAAAGGAGGACAAGUUGAAGACAGAUGAUAAGAAGGCCAAAAAGGAGGGGAAAAUGAAAAAGGCGGUGGAUGAUAAGAAGGCUAAAAAGGAUGAAACGUUGAAGAAGACUGAUGAGAAGAAGGCCAAAAAGGAGGACAAAAUGAAAAAGACAGAUGAUGAAAAGGCCAAAAAGGAGGAAAAGUUGAAGAAGCCGGAUGAUAAGAAGGCCAAAAAGGAGGGAAAAAUGAAAAAGGCGGUUGAUGAUAAGAAGGCCCCCAAGGUUCCCUCUGGCAAAAAGAAAACAGACGUUCCAAAGAAAGCCAGCUUAUCCAUAAAGAAAGAUGCUGAUGCUCCCAAAAAGGCAGCUGAGCAAAAGAAGAAAAAGAAAGAACACAAAUUCAUAGUGAGAAACUAUUCCACAGAAUCCAAGCCCAAGAAAGACGUUGUGGUACCCUCCAAGGAUGAGAAAACUGAAGAAGUGGCUCUGUCUCCGACUGAAGGUGCACCAUGCCGCCCAACACCAGUCUACUGCCCCUCGCCUCCAGGCUGGUAUGUGCAUCAUGUAGUCACAGACAAUCCAAAGCCACCGGAAGUGGGCCCAGUUCCCCAGGUUCCAGUUCUAACAACAGUGUAUCCAACUGCUCCCCCAGUACACCCGGCUCCUGCAGAACCAGAAGCAGCUGAAAAGGAGAAGACAGAGGAGCAGAAAGAGCCUGCAGCCAAGGGGAAUGUGGAUGAAGUUUGCAUUGUUAGGAGCGAGCUAGAAGACCUGAAAGAGAAGGCCAAAAAGAAAGAAACUGUGGAUGCCAAAGGGAAGCCUAAGACAGUUGCUAAAAGAGCACCCGAGGUGUCCAAAGACAAGGCCAAGUCUGCAGCUGUUAAAAAAGAGUCAGCGCCUGCCAAAAAGAAGCCCGUGAAGAAAGAAGAAGCUGCUCCCAAAGAGAACCUUGGUCUGUUCCCAGUGCAGAGAGGAGUUGGUGUGACGGAGACCAAAGCAAAGGAGACAGCCAAACCAAAAGUCAAAUCCGUGGACAAAAAAGGUAAAUCUGACGCAGGAACAAAGACAGAGGCGAAGGAAGCAGCAGAAAAAGAUGUCAACGUGUCUGCUCCCGCGAAAGAGCCUGAGUCCACCCAGACCGCAGCAGACCAGAAGAAGCCAGGCAAGAUCCCCUACUUCCAGUGCGUGGUCUACGGCGGCAAGAACAAGGGUCCCCAGGGUCCCGGUAUGACCCCAGCCAUGACCACAGCCAUGAGAGCAGCCAUGGAGCAGAGGGCCUCUCUCAUGGAGGCCAGAGCCAGGGCUGCUGGUCAGUAGGACCCACGAGCAGCCCCAUCACUUUUCACCUCAAAGCCCAGGAACUUUCCACUCCGAACCAACAGGUGGCGCUGUGCCUCUCCUACCCUGACUGUGCGCCCUGUCAGCUGCCCUGAUUCUUUCUUUCUUUCUCCCUUUCCCUUCAAUCUCCGUCAAUAGAUAAUGCAUUAAGGGACUGACAGCAGGGUGGAGAGUGCAAUGAUUAUACAUGUAAUCUUUUAAAUGAGUGGAGUUACUGACCGUUCUCAAGAGUCAAAAUAAUUCCCAAUCUUCAUAGGCACUGGUUUUGGUGUAUGUGUUUUUUUUUAACAGGCUGAUGUUUCCUUAUUUUGUUAAAUACAUGGCUGUCAGAUUUAGCACCAACCAGUGUCACAAUGGUCCCACAUAGCUGUAUAUAUAAGGAUGUAAAUUGCAAACUAGUUAUUUAUCUAAUUUAUUCAAAUAUUUUCAAUGAAAAGUUCUAUUUUUAGAAAAAGAGUAGAAAAGUAGUGUGCAUAGACAUAAUCAUAAUGUAUAUACCAUGAAAGAAUCUUAAUAUAUCAACUGGCAGUUUACAUUUGUGUUAACUUUACACUCAAUUUAACUCGGAAACUGUGAGUAGAAUUGUUUCCAUUUUUCUUCACCCACUUAAGCUCAAACGUCACUUCGUUUGAACACGUAUUAAUUGACUUUCAUGUUUGAUAUAUAUGUUUGCUCAGUGUUUGAUAGUUUGACCAUGAGCAUUGUAUCACUUUUUCACACACACACACACACACACACACACACACACACACACACACACACACACACACACACACACACAGCUCUUGGCUCCAAUCCCUUGCUUAGCCCCAGAGGUAAUGGGAUUAUGUAAAGUGUGUCUGUGUGUGUUUCAGCUCUGAUGUGGCACUGACUACCCAGCGGUCUGCAUCUGGACAGAAGCAGGAAGUGCCCUCGCAGCCUCACUCUCUCCCUGCUUGGCACAGAUUUCUCUACGCUGUUGAAAACCCAUACUAGGGGAUUUUUAUUCCCCAAUUGGCCCUCUGAUUGGUUUAAGAGCAGUGAGAGACGAAAAAAUUACACGAGUGACAGAUUGGGAUUUAUUUGGCAACCUUUUUGAAAGUACAAGGGAGAGAAUAGGAAUGAGAGGAGGCUGUUUAUGAAUCCGAAUGACAUGUCACAAGAAAAGCAAGGCCACUGUUCAUUUCCUUGCUUGUUUCCUUUGUUUUGUCUUCUGAGUAGAAUGUAUUUCUUCCUACAUGCAGACUCACACACACACACACACACACACACACACACACACACACACACACACACACACACAUCUAUUGUAAAUCUGCCGUAAGGCAUGCAAGCUGGUGUCUGUUUUUUGUGCACCAAAGCUUAAGAUGAACGUGAGGGGUUUUUAUUUGUGUUUGAAAACAAACAGAUUCCUUCACGAUUAAACUGAAAACGAGCCCUCUCUCAUUCAGUGCUCAAAAACCAAACAGAGCACCACAACUGAGAGAGGUGAAGACCCAGGGGUGCUAGUGCACUCCUUUGACCAAGUUUGAGAGACAGUGUCUGUGCAAUCAAAAACCAGCACCAUGUCUGUCUCAUUUGUGUAACUAACUACUUAUUUAUUUUUGCGCUAUUGCUACAUGCUUUUUAUAUGUGGUGAAUGUGCCUAGUGAUACGUGAUGCCGUCACCUAUCAGUAUUGUCUUAUUCAGUAAUGGUCUGACUUGAGGCGACGGUCAGUCGAGAUCAUUACUGGACCACUGCUGGACCUAAACACCCAAGUGAGCCCAAGUGGCUUCGCUUGUUACGAAGCGUAGACCACAGCCUCUGUUGGAGAGUAUGUUUUUUUAGGCCUUCACAAGCCUAUCGUUUUCUUCUCUCUUAUGCAAGCAUACAGAUGGCUGUAGAGAUAUAACGAGAUUGUAUAUUUUUGUCUGCACGUCGUAUGCCUUCCCCCCCCAUCUUUCUCCAGAACCUUCUGUUGUUGCACCGCCUGCCUGCCAUUAGUCCCGUUAGUGUGCACGGGAGAGGCAUGAGCAGAGACAGUCAGCUACAGCAGUAUGACAGGCAACUGGGAUGUAGGCCAGGGAAGUAAUCUGACUUUGAAGUUACAGAAUGAGCGACUUCCUUUCUUUCCCCCUCCCCCUCCCCAACCCAACCCAACCCAAUCCAACCCAGCCCCCCAGCUGGGGAAGGAAGCGGGAACGUCAGAUGUACCAUGUGGCGUGAUGCCGCGCAGCGUGCCGUCGCAGCAAUCGAGCUAAUAAUAAUUUAUGAUCGUUUCUAACUGCACUAAAGAUGACGCCAAAGACAGCCGAGCCGGCCGCUGAGAUUGGUCUCUGUGCGGGUUGACUACAAUACCUAGUAAGACGGCGGCCAAGUGCCACAGCAGCACUGGCUUGUCUUUACUUAAGAUUCAAGAAGAAUACCCUGCAUGUCUGUCUUCAGGACCUUAUGUUUACAUGUCAUGAGAUGGGUGUCUGUUGGCAUCUGUUCAUAUAGGGUGGUCAACACUCUUACAGUACUUGUUGUUUUGGUGGAAAAGCACUGCGACUGACAAGGGUUUGCAUUGUCAUCCAACAAUGCCCCUCAAGAAGGACAUAUUUUAUUGACGUCUGUGUUCCUUUAGCUGUAUGCGUUGUAUAUGCGUUGCUGCUUGUUUCGCAUGGUGCUUACGUUCAGAUUGCCUUUGUGAGCACGUCCACGGGAUGUAGUUUGACAUUUAUGUCGCUAGAUGUGUCUACACUGAUGAUGAUUUUACUGGCAAGCUUGAACCAAGAAGGAAUAUAUCGACAUAUCAUUUGCUAGCUGUUAUAAAUGGGUAUGAACUGAAACGUUAAAGGCAUCCUACACAAAUUUUUUAUCUUAACAUUUUGACAUCAUUUUGAUAGUAAACUAGUUUGUAAUAGGGAUACCGCAUGCAUGCUGCAGAUGAUGCUGCCUACCUGUCUAUGGAGAACCAGCCUUGCAACUUGCUCUCGCCCGAUCCGAGAGUCACAAAUUGCAUUACGGCAAUUGUGCAAUAGCCUACUGUUUGUAUGAAAUUGGGUAAAGGUUGUUGAAAAACAACUUAAGUUUCAGUCUUCCUGAAGUUGAGAUAGACUAUGACAUUUUCUUCUUUAUAAAGUUAUUAGAGGCCUUAGAUGUACUGAUUGCUUGGUGACCUAUAGGAAUGCCUUGUGAGCCCAUCUGUAUUUGUAAAGUAAUGAGAUGUUGCCUUUGAUCCAAAUGCAUGAUUAAAUAGCUCUAAGAGGCUUCCAAUUAAAUCAUCAUAUACCCCCAAACACCAGUGAUUUUGGGCCAAGGGCUAACAGAUUUUGGACUAAGGGCUGACUUAAGUAUCCAGAAACAAGGAACAGGCUACACACAUUUGGAAUACAUGGUCUUUUACUAGAUUGCAUGCAUUAUUUUUCUGUCGGACAGAUCCUGAUCUGUUUAUUGUACUUCUGACUAGCUAUAGGGGUAAUACAGAGGGUCAUGUUGGUUCACUUAUUUUGAAAACAUUUAUCUGUCCAUAUUGUCUAUGGUGUUUGCUUAAAAAAAGUGCUAAUCUGGCCUUGAAUGUCAACACAGCAGUUUGAGCCUUAGCUAUUGCUCUUUUUUUUUUUAGCUUUUUCAGUGUCCUCCAGAAGGACUGGGGUACAAAAUAGGAUCGAUAAAGGAUCAGCUAUAUAUUCCCUUUCAUUGUACUUGAUUGAUCUCACUAUUCAGUUGAUUUUAAUAGUUGACAUUAGCAACAACAGGUAGUCCUGCCUGCCACUCUCUUAGCUAAAAAAAGGGACAGAAUUUGGAGACUUGGUGCCCCGGGAGUGCUGUCGGUACAGGAAGUGAGUGACAUUAAUGACAGUAAAUCUCCGGCUGAGGAGGGCUGCCGUGGGGAGAAAGGUGCACAGCCUGCGGUGCGCUGGGAAACGUAGUUUUCUAAUGGGAUUAAUCAGAAGAGCUCCAUCUUAAACAUCCAUGCAGGAUUAAAGCGACAUUAAGUGGCUUUUCCUUUCAGUGCAUGCAGUAGUUAAGUGGGGAUUUAGGGACGGACUUAAUGUUUAAAAUGAAUAUUUCCUCAUCCAAUCCUUGACUUCGUUUGGUCACCAAUGUGCUGAACUGUUAGUCAUGCUGGUAAAAUCUGCUUUGAAUAUGUAUAUGAUGGAUUUGAAAGUUUUGAUGGAUGUUUGUUAUUUUUUUCUUCCCUCUGAACUGUCACUGUACUGGUUUUGAAUCUGAUUACAUCUUGAUGAUACUACGUAUGCACAAAAACAGUUGUUUACUCAGCAAUCUAACUAAAGAGCACAAAUGUUUCAAUCCAAAA